CGGGAAGCAAUCCAAGUGUGCGUUGUACGCCUGCACCUAAUCUCCAUGCUAUAAAAAAAACACACUGGACUCUGCCAAACCAUAGAGAGAACUUGCAGCAUGUCUCAGCAACUUCUCUCCCGAGCCCUGGUGUCCAUAAACUGGCUCUCUGAGGCCUUGAAAACCUGCAAACCAGGUCCAGCUCUAUGUGUUCUGGAUGCUUCCUUCUACUACCCACCUAUCAGAGAUGGACGGAAGGAGUAUGAAGAAAAACAUAUACCAGGAGCUUUGUAUUUUGACAUAGAUGAAUGCAAAGACCAGACAUCUCCAUAUGAAGUGAUGAUCCCCAGUGAGUCUUAUUUUGCCAAAUACGUGGGCAAUCUUGGCAUUAACAAUGAUACUCAUGUUGUGAUUUAUGAUGCUGAUCAAGUUGGUGUUUAUUACGCUGCAAGAGCCUGGUGGAUGUUUAGGGUAUUCGGGCACAGUAAGGUAUCUGUUCUGAAUGGGGGCUUCAGAAACUGGGUAAUGCAAGGCCUUCCUGUGACAUCAGAGGUGGUGAAGCCGAAGCCGGAGUCUUUUCGAGCAGUGCUGAACCCUGCCCUGGUGAAGACAUUUGAGGACAUUCAGAGGAACAUGAAUACAAAAGAAUUUCAGCUGGUAGAUUCACGUUCUGAAGGGCGAUACAAGGGUACAGAGCCAGAACCUGGAGAAGUGAUAUUUCCUGGUCACAUUCCUGGAUCCUUAAACCUCGUAUUUACAAGCUUCUUGACAGAAGAAGGGUUUGAGAAGUCCCCAGAUGAAAUGAAGCAACUUUUUCAAGAAAAGGGAAUUGAUCUGAAGAAGCCUCUGACUAUUACUUGUCGACGUGGCGUUACCGCGUGCCAGCUGGCACUGGCUUCAUUCAUUCUGGGCAAGGAAGAUACUGCUAUCUAUGAUGGCUCGUGGUUUGAGUGGUUCCAUAGGGCUAAACCAGAAGACAGAGUCACUCUGUGGAAUGAUGGCAAGUGAGGAAUAAGAUAAUGAUGUACUAUUACUACGAGUGUUACAUGAUUAUUGGGUCAGUAUAACAAAAAAAUAAAAAUAAAUGAAUAGUCAACUAUAGGAUUUCUACUCAAAAAUUUAGGAAAUGAAAUGUUAGCGAAGAAAACAAAGGAUGGUGAUUAUGUUUCUUUUAUUUACAGAAAUAGUCAUUUGUAUAUUCACUUAUUGCAGCCAUUUUGCUCGUCACCUUUGUUUUAGGCCUCUUUCACACUACAGUAUGUCCAUUUCAGUGUUUUGCGGUCCGUUUUUCACGGAUCCGUUGUUCCGUUUUUUUUGCUUCCGUUGUGGUUCCGUUUCCGUUCCGUUGUUCCGUUCC